CGUCGAGCCAUUUAUUCUCGAUAUUCGAAGGUGAGCGCUGUGACUCAUGUAUAGGUUAUCCGUAGUUUCAUUAUUCCAUUGCGUUCCCGAAACAAACUUUGAUUCAGUGUGUAAUUAACCUAUACAUAUUCUAAUAUUUUUUAUUCGAAUAGAUAAGUCACGUGUCAUCGAGUCUUGAACUACGUAGUGGAAAAUUGUUACGCACCUUGCCGAAAGAGUGCAUUGAUCGAGGAAUCGAUACAAGUUUUCGAUGUUGGACACCGUACGCAGCAUAUAUCGAUUUGCUUCGACAGAAAGGGAAUUUCGAACAGGCUUCAACGACACCAUUCUUCGAGUGAGAUCUUAGAUAUGUAUUUAUUUAUUAACGUCGAUCAAUCGCUACACGAGUAUCGACUCGUACGCGACAUUCGAUCUGUUUUACGACUUCUCUUGGAUAGUCCGUGUUGACCAUCGUGCUCGUGUUCGGAACAUUACAAAUGACUCUGACGUGUGAACAUUCGACUACCUGGUUCCGCGUGUGUCAUUAUUACGAACGACAAUAAACGUCGCGCGUUUGUGUGACACGUGACACUCGAGCGACAACUGGCGGGCGUGAAACGACUCGCGAGCACGAUGCUGCCGAAAAAGGAAGGCCACCAGGAGCCGUACGCCUUGGAGGACAUGAUCACCGAUCUCCAGGCGCGACGAAAUUCCCUAGACCAAGAGGAGUUCGAGGACCCCGUGGAACUUUUGAAGAAACGCGACAGGGACCUCGUUUUAGCCGCCGAAUUGGGCAAAGCGCUGUUGGAAAGGAACCAGGAGCUGACCAGACAGAGCGAGGUUCUCGCCGAGGAAUAUUCGUCGAAAUUAGAGAUAUGA